GGCGAAUCGGCGUCAAAUCGGCUGAUGCGGAUGUCUGUCUGGCACACACACACAAGGCAAGCAUUCUCAUGCCCCUGUCUUGUCUGCCUACAUCACAUCAAGAUGAGUGCACUCAUGGUACGUACCGUCAUCGAUGUAUGUGGUUCUCAUGGUAAGGUCACAGCUGCCCUUCCUAAUCCGGUCAUAGACGCCCUUGAUGGGGAAGGCGAAGUUGCUCAGCUACGGUACCCAGGAGUCCAAGAUGCGCUCGUUGUCAACAUAGACAUUGAGCAUGUCGGGAUGCUUGAUGCUGGGCUCCACCUUGGCAGUGGUGGUAGAGACUGCCGACCCUGCCCCCACCACGCUAAUGCGCACCUGACUGACCAUCUCGGCCUCCUCCCCUGGCUGGGCGUCGGUCAGGCCACUGAUGGUCUCUCACCUGUGUGGAUGCAGACCAGACACACGCGUGUGUCACGCAUCGCAUGUCUGUUGUGUGGCGAUGCGAUGGGUGUGUCUCUCUGUCUGUCUGUCCGUCUGUGUGUCUGCUGCUGACCUGUUCGGACAACGGGAACAAAGUCUGCUAGAGGAUACACCGACUCGAUAAGCUCCCGAUUGUGGAUGAAGUCAGGGAUGCCUCCUACACACACACAUGCAUUCCUCUCCUGUUGGUGAGGAUGGAUGUGAGUGACUCGGUCAUCUUAAGGACCUGCCAGCUGCCUCGUGGCCCACCACAGCGGGCUGGACCGUGUUGGAUUGUCCGAAGAGUACACCAACCGCCACGUCCCCUCUACCAGCUUCCCAACAGGCUGUGUGUCGUCGUUCAAGCUCUCCAACUGCCCAAUGACCUCUGCCACAUCGGCCCGCUGUGCUUUCGUGGCGGCCUGCCCUCUGUCGAAUGCCGCCACCAUCUUGAGGAGCUGUUGCUUGAGGUCGUAUGCCGCGUCCGUGUCGACACUCAUGACCACGUUGAGGCCGCGCCGAGAGGUCGAUUGGCGAAUCAGCUGCCGCAGCAGUGAGGGUGUUUUUCGGCUCAUCGGUUCGGUGGCAGGCGGCACCAGCCGAUAGCCAAACACUGAGGGAAUCACCAGCAGGCACGAAAGGGCGAUGACGAGCGCCAUUUCAAGCUGUGGUGUCAAAGGCGCCGAAGAUCGG